CUUUUUAUCUCAUACAUAGGGGGAGGGGACAUUGACCAAUCCAAUCCAAUCUCUUAAACCCCCCUCCCCAAUCUUGUUCUUCGCCAUCUUACACCUUGGAACUACAGAAAUUUAGUUAGUUCGCGGCCCUACUGCUGCCUGGGGUUUUUGUUCCGUUCCGGGUUCCGCCAGGGCUCGUCAGCGCCCUCGCAUUGAUUUCCGUUGCCCAUCCGUUCAUUCCUCGCCUGCAACUCGUCCAGGGGAUCGACUUUCGAUUCCCACUUUUUCCCUUUGGAAAUCAUGGCACAACAACAACAGAAUGACAAUGUGAUGCGAAGAAAGUUGGUAAUUAUUGGGGAUGGUGCUUGUGGGAAAACCAGUUUGCUCAGUGUCUUUACUCUGGGUUAUUUUCCAACGCAUUAUGUGCCAACGGUAUUCGAAAACUACGUAACGGAUUGCCGCGUGGACGGUCGGUCGGUUCAAUUGGCUCUGUGGGAUACUGCUGGACAGGAAGACUACGAACGACUACGUCCGCUGGCCUACUCGAAGGCGCAUGUGAUUCUGAUCGGCUUUUCCGUGGAUACCCCUGAUUCGUUGGAGAACGUCAAACACAAGUGGAUCGAAGAAGCGAACGAGCGAUGUCCCGGCGUCCCUAUUAUCCUGGUCGGUUUGAAGAAAGAUCUGCGCGAGGAUCCCCUAGCGGUGGAGGAGAUGCGGAAGAAGUCGCUCAAGUUCGUCACGUCCAAAGAAGGGAGCGAUAUCGGCACCCAGAUCGGCGCCCGCAAGUACUUAGAAUGCUCCUCGCUGACGGGGGAGGGAGUGGAUGACGUGUUUGAGGCUGCCACGCGGGCCGCUUUGCUGACCUUCGACAAGCGGAAGAGCUCAUGUUGCAUUGUUCUAUGAUAUCGAACCGACGAUGGCCGGCCGGGAAGACUGACGAAUCUCUCUCGUUUACGCGAUUUGUAUGUUUGAAGAUGAUUGGGGCGGUAGGAGGUUCUUGUUUCAGCGAACAUAUUGCAUGCAUGCCAGCUCCCGCUGCCCGCACGACCGAGAUUGAUUCUUCGCCAUUUGUGUUAUUGCAUUUGUUGAGCCAUUUUCAUCCACGUUCGGAGAGCCACGAGCAUGGCAAUGUGCAUAUCUGCUGCGAUCGGUUUGUGA